UCAUCGAUGGAGCAGUAAAAUACAUACAUUAGAAAACAAGCAAAAUAAAAUGAAUUUACAAUAUAUCUCAGUUUUUUUAUAUCUCUCCACAUUUUUCUUUUCCAGGUUAUGUUUUCUGGAUCUGAUGACAUCUUUUCCACUGGAGAUACAUAUUUCCUUCUGUGUGGGUGACGACAUCACGUGGACCCAGAAAUAGACCAUGUUUCAGAACGCGAGCACAGUCGGGAAAAAGACGCAUGUUUCCAUAACGUCAUUGCUGCUAAUUCUGAACAGCGUCUUCUUCUCACACGCGUUGCAACCUUGGUCCUUCCGAGUGACGUGGGAUGGCGAAGGCUUCAUUGAGCACUCCUAUCCUUUCUCUAUUUUCGGCGAUUGCGUGUAUGACGUCACUGCCAAGUUGCUGACGUGUACGCACGACCACAACUUUGGCGAAGUGACCUCGAGAUGGGUGCACGAGCCGGAGCUCAUCGAUUAUGUCAGUGUACGGUGUCUCGCGCAGACGAGCCAUCCCUCACACAAAAACGUCUGCUUUUGUAAAACUGCAGACGACGACAGCAGCAUCAGCCGCAGCAACAACAAGAAAAAUAUCGACAACAACGACAACAACAGCAAUACCAACAACGGGAACGCUGCAACGAACAAUAAAUCACGAGCGACCUCUCUACCAAACUUACGAGGACACGGACAUGAAGAACACAUAAACGCUCCCAAAUCUUUAAAGGAGGUACGACAAACCGAAAGCUCAACCCCUGAGAGUUUUGACCUAUGCCAGCUCACCAGAGUAACCCCAUUCAUGCUCAAAGGUCUGUCUGGACUUAUUGUCCUUGACCUUUCCCACAACCGUAUAUCCGACCUUGACCCCGAGUCUUUCUCUCAGCUACACUCCCUGACAGCGCUAAGUCUGAAGCACAACCCAUUGACAACAAUCUCUGACCGCCGAGUCUGUCUGCCUCCACAUUUGGAAGUACUUGAUCUCAGCCAAUCAGAGCUAUCAACAUUCCCCGUCAGAUUCCUCCGACCUUGCAACCACCAAUUGCUGUCCCAGCAGAUAAGUUUGAAAUAUCUAGACAUCAGUGGCGCGAAGCUAACUAGUAUCCCCCCAAACGCUUUUUGGACGACUGCGGAUUUGCGAGUUGUGAACGCUAGCCAUAAUUCAAUUUUCAAAUUGGAACCGAAUCCUUUUAUAGGGGCUUUUAACUUAACUGGGAUUGAUCUUUCCCAUAACUAUCUGCAAUAUAUCCCGGUCACAUUCUGCGAAGGAAUUCUAAAGCUGGUGUCAUUAUUCUUAUCAAACAACGGAUUUUUGUCCUUUGAUUUUGAAAGUCUUCGUCAGUGCAGUAUGUUAGAGAAAUUGGAUUUCUCUUCUAAUGGAAUUUCUAUUGUUAAUGGGCUUCCGAUACCUUUGCCAAGACUAAAAGUGCUAAAUAUUUCCGGAAAUAGUUUAACUGAGUUGAACGUUACCCUAUUCGCUCAUAAUUCUGUGGUAGAGAUUGUUGAUGUUAGGUCGAACGGUAUACAAGUCAUUUCUGCCGAGGUUUUCGAAAAUGCAGGUAAGCUGAAGACACUCAUAAUGGCAGAUAACAAACUGUCUGACUCACACGUCAGUUUGAGAAAUAUCACCCGAUGGUGCCGCCAGCUACUUAUGUUGGACGUUAGCCACAAUUUGAUUGUCUCAUUAGACCAUGGAUUUCUCUCCCAUCUAUCCAGUCUUGUGGAACUGAAUUUAAGUUUUAACAAAAUCUCGACAAUCGACCACGGUGCUUUCAGUGGAAUGAACUCUCUAAAGAAACUCGAAUUGUCCAAUAAUUUUAUCACAGUUGUAGACCCUAGUACAUUUUCUCCCCUCGUCAGCCUUGGGCACCUGAACCUCUCCCAAAACUCCCUGCAAGGGGUCAAGGACGUCAUGCUGCCUUUGACCUUGGUGAACCUUGAUCUUAGUCGAAACCAGUUCUCGUCGGUUCCGAGGCUGAACAAGUCCCACGUACUACGGGUGAGUUUGGCAUCCAACGUCAUCAGCUCGCUAGAACCUCGUGACCUCUACAGCAUGGCGGAAGCACAGUUUCUAGACCUCAGUCGAAACGCAAUAUCAGAAUUACCGUCAAACACAUUUGAAGCUCUUGCGGCACUUAAACACCUGGAUCUCUCGGGGAAUGAAAUACAAGUCCUCCCUGUAGAACUUAUUCAUAAUCUGACCCAGCUGCUUUAUCUAAAGAUCAGCAACAAUUUCCUAACGUCUAUUUCUGGACUCCAGCUACCAAGGUCAUUGAAGACAAUAGAUUUUUCCAGAAACAGGAUCAAGUAUGUUACUUCCCCUCUGAAUGCGAAGAAUGUUACGUCUUUGCGGCUCACGAAAGUGUUACUUCGUAACAACAGGAUUCUGCACGUAGACUCGAAGGUUUUCGAAAAUUUGAUUUAUCUAAGGGAAGUGGAUCUAAGGGAUAACCUUUUAACGCACGUCGCCCCAUUUGAAGCUCAUCCAGGAAUAACGUUCUUUCUUCAAAACAAUCCAAUCGAAUGCUCGUGUUUGAUGGAGUGGAUAAAAGACCAAGACUGGGUACCUAACCUUUCCGUGGAGUCUUAUUACGUCAUCGAAAGGUGUGCUGUUCCACCGCGAUACCAUCAGGCGUCAUUAGCGACGGUUGCUACGGAAGAGUUUCUGUGUCCCGUGUCCACAUCGUGUCCCAUCAAGUGCAGUUGUUUCGCACCAGAAAUUGGUGGUGUGCCGUUGAUAACAAUGUGCGCGUCGAGAAACUUAACCUCCUUACCAGCAGAAAUCUUUAACGAAUCAAAGUUUAUUUCGUUUGAAGGUAAUAAUCUUGGGUUUUUGGAAAAAAUCGGCAGUGAAAAAAUGGCUGCGACAGAUCUUUAUUUAAAUGAUAGCAGCAUCUACACUAUGAAUGCCAGCGCUUUCAUGUACUUCCCGUUCCUCACAACACUAGACCUCAGUCAUAACUUUAUAAGUCACAUCGAUCAAGAUUUGUUUGAACCUAUCAAGAAUCUCACACACCUUCACUUGGCCUCCAACCGCAUCAGUUCUCUAUCAGUUGGUACGUUUGACCACCUACAACAACUGCAAGUCCUUGACCUUUCGUUAAACGACUUAGCGUUUAUGCCGCAACUACUUAUCACUGUGUUGCAAAAUAUUCCUCCGUUACAGUACAUCUCUUUAACUGGAAAUCCGUGGAUUUGUUCUUGUCAGAAUGAAGCCUUCGUUCUUUGGAUAAAAGAGCAGGAGAAGUUAUCACAGAAUCUUGGCGCUGCACAGGGUGAGGGAGAAGGGAGUAGGGAGAGAGAAUGUAGGGAAAGAGUCACAGUUGGGAAAUCAGACAAUGAUGUGGGCUGCUUGAAUUAUUUCUUACAGCUGUCUAGUGUGGGCGCGUUGUUUUGUAACAAUGACAGAACGUCAAAAGUGUCUGACCUUGAACUCGAGAGCUUGGAUUGUGACGAUAGCGAACUCCGACACAAAGCGACGAUCCUCAUCGUGUGUGUCUUCGCUGUCACCAUUCUCUGCUUCAUCAUUCUCUGCGGGUAUCAUCGCUCUCUCAUCGCAGCUGUUCUCUACUCAAAAUUCCACUGUGUUUUUCUCAAACGGACUUCUUCUCAGCGACACGAACUGCCUCUUUUUGGGAGUUAUGACAUCACGCUUAUCUACGACCACCACGACCGGAAGUUGCAGUGGUGGGUGGAAUCUAUGCUCCUUCCCAAACUUCAGCAUCCAAGAUGGCGGUUCGCGGUUAAAUGCCCCGUCUCGGAGGCGGCUGGUUUAGGAAGUGGGAGCCAAGACUUGUGCGUUCACAAUGUGAAACAAAGUCGGUGUAGCCUCGUCAUUGCCAGCUCUUACUUCUCCGGGAAUCGGCAGGGUGUGGCGUGCUUUCAAGAGGCGCUGCAACUACGACGCACGGGCCUCCACACGGUCGUGCUCAUCACGUGGGGAGAGCUCACCCGUGACACCCUCGACUGUGGCGUGAGGCUAUUUAUAGACAAGAGACUCAACCUACCAAUCACGUCCCAUCUAUUUUGGACACGACUUUUCUACGAGCUGCCAUUGCCCAGACAUCUCGUCCAGCCGAAGGGAACGUCUAUUUUUAAACUAUUCGGCUCUCCGGAAAAACCCAAAACCAGUGCUGCUGCGUCAUCUGAUCCCGGAAAGGUUUCCUGUAUCACCUGAUCGAGUGCUGUUCUGCGUUACCCAGAUUUUGAUUUUCAGUCCCUCUUGUGUUCGAAGUUGUUUUAUCUCCACUCCUUGGAUACACCACACAUCCGAAAAUACACUACAGCUUCACUCUAAUUUCAAUGUAAGUUCUGUUAAAAUAUUGAGAUCUCUUUCAGUAAAAAUAGCGCAUGACAAUAAGCUUGAAUUAUAAUAAUAUGUGUCACGUCGCGAUGGAAUCAGGCGCUCGUCAAUUUUUGGGCAUGUGGAGU